CUCCGAUUAAAGCAACUGAAUCAUCAUAGACAUCUAUAUAGCGUUUAAUCACACAGUUUGAUAUGAAAAUCAGCGUCCAGGACAGAUCUUUGUGAUUAGAAUUCAAUCGUUACAGCGUAUUUUUCGUAAUUCUAGCGUACAGGCAUCAGGAUGCUCCUCGACUUGUGUCCAAGCAGGUGACUUCCCAAUUAGGUUAGUAUAUGAAGACAGUAGUAAAACGUAGAGUAGAACUUGGUGAAAACAGGCAAGCCAGCGAUAAAGACGGCGCACGCGGAUGACGAAGACGACGACGACGAUAACGACGAUAACGACGACGAGGAGGACGAAGAAGAAGGAGGAGGAGAAGAAGAAGGAGGAGGAGAAGAAGGAGGAGGGGAAGAAGAAGGAGGAGGGGAAGAAGAAGGAGAAGGAGGAGAAGAAGAAGGAGGAGGAGAAGAAGAAGGAGGAGGAGAAGAAGAAGGAGGAGGAGAAGAAGAAGGAGGAGGAGGAGACAACAUGCCUUUCAAAAGACUUAUUGGGGUUAAACCCUCCCAGGUCCAUGGUCGGGAUGACACCGUGAAAUGGGACGAAGCCCUUGAUCGUCAGAGUACCGUGGGAAUUAACAAAGGAGCUAGGAAGAUAUCUCAGCUUCGCCAAGGUCCCGAGGCGGAGGAGAAAUCUUCGUCGCUUCGCGAGGGCCUUGAUGAACAAAGCCGGACUAAGUCCGCCGAGAUUGGGGAGAAAUCUUCAUCUCGUCAGGGUUAUCAGAGGUUAAUGUCUUCCGGAGUUGAGGAGAAAUCUUCGCUCUGUCCAAGCCCAAAAACAACCGCAGCUGGGGGUAAAACCCUGGGCGGCAAGAAAAAUAAGAAGGCGCAAGUGCCAUCUAACCAGCGCAGUAUCCUCAGUUUUAUGAGGCCUGCUGAAGAAGCCGGUGAAAAAUCCGUGCCUCAAGAAACCGGUUGCAUUACAGCCAGGAAAAGCCCUGCUCCGACUAAACCUGUAGCUGAAAAUGCCAGCGAGUCGAAGAGGGCUAAAAUUUUCAAGCAAGAGCCCGUCGGGUAUGCAGAUAACUUGUCUGUGAAGACCGACGAAGAAUCAAAAUAUACCCUCCACGACAACCCCAAAGAAGUCCCCUUCAACGCGGAAGGCUACGCCGACGUUAUCCUUAUUGAGGAUGAUGAGUACCCCGACGAAUUGAAGUAUGAGGACGCCGCCGGGUACGAUGUCGAAGAGGAUGACCUGCCAGAACAAAUUUAUGAGGAGGCAGGUUAUCUCGAAGAGGAGGGUUUUAUCUUGGACGAGGAUCGGUAUCGGCUUGCCGGUAUGGAUUCGGACGAGGAUUACUAGGCUCUCCGAGAGAGCUUCGACAAAAGCAUGCACAGGGUUAUCAGGUACCUGUGGUACAAUGCUCAAACCCCUUUCGAGGAAAUUUCACAUGCUGAAUCCUAUAUCGCACCGGGCAUGUGCCAGUGGCUGCGGAGAGCAGACGCUGAGGUUGUAUAUCGCCUAUAUCAGGCGAUCAUUCCUGAGUCAACCCGCACUAUCCUGGGCCACGAUAGACUGACCUGCCAACACAUUCUUGCUCUUCCAAAGGUGAGCCCCUCA